GUGGAAGAUGAGCACGGGGUUCAACAGUGGAAGAGGGUCAAGGUCAAGCUGGAAGACCACGUAAACGUUCCUACCUUCCCCCCGGGCUUGGAAUCAUAUGACCAAUUCGUGCAGGAUUACCUCUCAGAGAUAGCAGUGGAGAAGCUCCCCCAAAGCCAGCCACUGUGGGACCUCCACAUCAUCAAGUAUCCAACAAGCACCGCCGAAGGCACGAUGGUGUUCAAGCUCCACCAUGCACUGGGAGACGGCUUCUCCCUCAUGGGAGCACUCUUCUCUUGCUUACAGAGAGCCGACGACCCUUCCCUCCCUCUCACCUUUCCUACUUCUCGAGAAAAAGCAAUGAAGAAGAGUUUAUGGGGGAGCAUCCGUUGGAAAGUGCCUCGAUUUCUCUCCAUGUGUGCUAACACCGUCCAAGACGUAGGGUGGAGCCUUUGGAAGAGCAAUUUGGCUGAGGACGACGUAACUCCGCUCAGGUCCGGCGCUCCGGCGGUGGAGUUUCGGCCGAUCACCAUCUCUUGCAUCGAGUUCUCUCUCGAUGACAUAAGAAAGAUCAAGGACAAAGUCGGAGGG